AUGGAUAAUGCCAUGAAGUCCCUCAGUCUCCUGUCCUCUGCUUUUCUCUCCAAGUGUGUGACAGCCAGUGUGUCAGCCAGUGCCUCCAUGACCCAGCAGCUCCUUGUCAGGUCUCGUCGGCCUAAGCCCUUCCGGGUCACCAGCGCUGACCGCAACGGAAAGGGAAUCAUGGCUAACGGGCUACGAGACCUACUCAACAAGGCAAGGAAAGAUGUGGCUAAAAUAACCUUUGACCUGUACAAGAACAACCCUCAGGAUUUCUUUGGCUGUCUGAAUGUGAAGGCCACCCUUUAUGGCAUCUAUUCUGUCUCCUACGACGUGCGCUGCUACGCUGCCAAGAAGAUGCUGAAAGUGAGUGAUCUGGAGGCUCUGAGAUGGACCCUGUUCUCCAUGCAGGCCACAGGCCACGUCCUCCUGGGCUGCUCCUGCUACAUCGAGCAGCUCCUGUACGAGGAUGACCGGGCAGACAGGGGUCUGCCACCACUGCCACAGGAAGGCAAGGUCAAACAACAACAGAGCAUCCUGAUGGGCUGGACUGCUGUGAUGGGCAAGACUGUUGUUUGA